AUGGCGUUCAAGACCAUUUCGCUGAUCCUUCUGGCUGCUACCGGCACGCAGGCCCUCUGGCUUGCAGCUGCAGAAAUGACCUUCUAUACAAACACCCCAGGAGGAGUAUUUCCAUCGCCUGCCUGCCAGGUUGGUAAAGGCGACACUGAAGCCGAGGCAUGGAGCCAGGCCACAAGUAUCGGAUCUGACUCGGUGAGCGUUGGUGGCGGGGUCACCACAUGUGGUACGCUGGCGAGUCACCACUCAAACCAAUUGGGUGGCUUUUGGGACGACUACGGCACGCUUAACUACGAGGACGAUAAUUGGCACUGGUACUGCCAACCCAGGCUCCAUGGUGCUACCGGUGGUACCUGUGACGCUGGUAAUGGCGCUCCUAAGAGGAAGCGCUCGGUUGAAUUUGAGGCGUGA